AGAAGCAAUUUCAAGAUGUUCAGAAUGCUUGGGAUGUAUUCUGUAGUGUUCUUCUUGCUGGUGCUGCAAAUUCGAGGCGAUAUCAGACAGGAAGCACUGCAAAACAACUCCAUGUUUGGCGGAGACAUGGCUGGAGGAAUCAGUGUCCCUGAAAUCACCAACAGUGCAGAUGGACCUGUCAUGGCUUUUGUGCCCAACACCAAUUAUAAGCUCUGGACCGGGGGUGUCUUGUACUACGAGUACGACGCAACUGCCACCAGAAAUGAUCAAGUGCUGUCUGCUGCGAUCCAGGAGAUCCACGACAAGACGUGCCUCAGGGUUUAUCCCAGGAAUGGACAAGCAAGCAUCACCAGUUACGUCAGAAUCACCACUACGGAGCCUGGGUGCUGGUCCUACGUCGGCAUGAAGACCACUGGAUCCCAGCAGUUGAACCUGUCUGUUUCAGGGUGCUGGUACGUGGGAACAGUCAUUCACGAGCUUCUGCAUGCCUUUGGCUUCAACCACGAACACCAACGUUAUGACAGAAACACAUAUGUCACCAUCCAGGAAGCCAACGUUGAAGCUGGUGCGUUGUCCUAA